UUGACAUUGUUGAGCAGUAGUUGGUAGGUACUAUACCUUGUGUUGUUUGGAAACAUAAAUCUCGACUCUCAUCAUCUCACACUGAGAAACUCUUCUGAAUUCUGAUUCACUGUCUUCUUCUCCUUUACAAUCCUAAUAAUCACUUCUCAAUUUUCUCCUUAUUUUCUCUACUCUUCUAUCUUCAAAUCCCACUUUCACUAUCACAACCAUGAUUUGGCUUAACCACAAACCCCUUUUACAUCUUUCUCUUCUUCUUUUCAUGCUCUUUUCUUCUUCCACUGAAUCCCUCAGAUUCGAACUCCAAUCUGGUCACACCAAAUGCAUCUCAGAAGAUAUCAAAAGCAAUUCCAUGACAGUUGGCAAGUACACCAUCGUUAAUCCCAACGAGGGUUACCCUUUACCCGAUUCUCACAGAGUCACCGUUAGGGUGACUUCGUCUCAUGGAAACAACUAUCACUAUGGAGAUCGUGUUCAAUCGGGUCAGUUUGCAUUUGUUGCAGCAGAAGCUGGAGACUAUAUGACUUGUUUCUGGGCUGUUGAUAACAAACCAGAGGUCACGUUGACUAUUGAUUUGGAAUGGAAGACUGGUGUGGCAGCCAAGGAUUGGUCUAAUGUUGCCAAAAAAGGCCAAGUUGAUGUAAUGGAAAUAGAGAUAAAGAAGUUACAAGAUACUGUUGCUGCCAUUCAUGACGAGAUGUUUUUUCUUCGUGAAAGAGAAGAAGAAAUGCAGGAGCUCAACAGAACAACCGACAACAGAAUGUUCUGGUUGAGUUUGCUUUCACUCUUUGUUUGCUUAUCAGUGGCAGGGUUGCAACUAUGGCACUUGAAGUCUUUCUUCGAGAAAAAGAAACUCAUUUAAUAUUUUAUCACAGUUCUUUUUUCUUACGUGCUCUUGUAAAAUAUACCGGCAUUAAUUUAUCCAGAGGAUACACAUAACAGUAGUCAGUUUAUCUCAGAAUAUUCUCUUUGUUAAAUGCAAAUCUGGUGUGAAAAGAUGAGUUUCAAGAGAAUUGAUGUCCUGCAAUUUGAGGAUUAAGCAAUGGUGGUGGUCUGGUGAAAUAGCAUUUCAGUGAAGCAUUUAUGUUCAUUACCACCUCCCAUAUAAUGAGACAGUGAUAGAUUUCCAGAAAA